GUUAUCACGAGCCGCUCAUUGAGCGAGCACACGUCACACACGUCAAACCGGUACGAGAUAGCAUAUUCGUAAUUCCAUGACAUAAUCGAGAAUAACACUACCUCACAAAGUCAGGUGACAUACCUAUUGUUCUACACGAGUCAGUUUUACAUAACUAGGCAGGCGGUCCGUGAAUUCGUUUGGCCGCCUAUUGAAAUAUUAUGUUAACACCAUCCAGCGACCGGAACACAUUAUUCUCGUAUUGAUUAACGGUAUCGUGACAUGAUAUCGUUAUCAGUAAACUAUGUAGCAGAAAUCCUCGCAAUGACAUUCACGAUAUGUGUCCUCUGCUAUGCCCCAACUCUAAAGAUAACCACGCAGGUCAACUCACGUUUGCAUCGGGCACACGCCCAAAUGCUCACGAUUAUUAUAGGCACAUGUCGCUAUACCCUGCGCUUUGCAGUACACUAGUAUAUAAUAAUAUAGAAGAAAAGAAACUAUUAUAAUUUGGAAAUAAACGAAAACAAAAUACAUGGGAGUAACACGGAUCUAAAAAAAAAACUAGUGAAGAACGCGGUUAGCUUGUGACGCACAUGUUCAAGGUUGCGUUGAGCUAUGGCUUCCAGUGAUAUAGCAAAAACUAUAGUUACAAGCUGCACACUGACUUUGAACAAAUCAUCAAUUCGUACCGAUUUAAUAUAAAGGAAAACAUUGUGAUAUUAUAUUUGCGUGUGCCCUAACUUUAUGUAACGACUAGAAUAUUACAAAAUCGGGAAUUUAUCAAUAGAGAAUGAAUUUGAAAAAAUAAAUGGCGUUUACUUGAUAAAACAAAUCGACAAAUAAAGCUAUAAAACACAACACAAAGUUACUGAGCUGAAGUUAUUUUAUAUUUCGUGUAACCUCACUUUAGAACAAGUACAAUGUAGAACAAGUUGUUAUGAAAUUAGUGCUUCUUGGUUAGUGAUAAGAUUUAUCUGCAAUCUUAUCUAUCUGCAGGAUAGGACGUCAGUAUAAAUUAUUAUGAACUUUGCCUCUUUCAACAGUGUUUAUUUGUAGAUACUAGAACUGAAACAAGGAAAUAUAAAACACACCUCGUAUAGCAGCCAUUUAGCUCCCAACUUACAUCGUUAAAUAAGUGUCCCACUAUCAACUGUAUAAAACAGACUCCAUUUAUGACAAAGUGUAUUACAAAGCAGUAAUUGUAGUAUUGUAGUCAUUAAUGACUUCCAAGUGUGCACUAUCGUAAUAAAUACACGUGCAUGUUAACAAAUCAGUGCGGAACUGCAAAAAUACUGUAUGGCAACGUAAUAAUAUAAAUAUGAACUAGUAGAUAAGUACUUAAAUGUAU